AUGAGUAGCUAUUAAAACAUAUGCCACUAAAAUCCGUCGCAUUAUACUUAUCAGCUAGUAAAUUAAUAGUAAGCAAACUAUAAAACUUCUCCUAUUAAAAAUGACAAAUGCUCGCCCUGUACCUACUUUGAUGAUUCUGUUGAGCAAGAAAAUUUUUAAGCAUAAGAUGACUACAAUAUGGAUAAAAUACAAUUUUAAAAUUAGGAUUGCAACAAUUAUCUUCAUAAUAUCAGCAAUCUGAAUUUAGAAAAUGAAUCUACUGUUCUAAAAGAUGACAAUUAUAUUGAUUAAAAUGUAGACUAAGAAAAUCUAUCAUUAAUGAUGGAAUCAAUUCCUGUCAUAAGAGAGCUUAUGGUGCUAGCUGAAGCUGAUUCAAACGGAAAGAUUUAGUUUAACAAUUUUUUUAAACUCCUAAAAAAAUUGAAAAUAUGCUCAAGUCAAGUUGAAGCUCAAAAAGUCUUUAUACGUAUUAGUGGUCAGAGUUAUGACUUUUGCUCUCAUGAAUAGUUUUUCUUGUUUUUUAGUAAGGAAUUAAAAUCUUUAAAUUUAACUGAAAUAGCAACCACAGAAUUACUGCUAAGACUUGUUUUGGAGUUUUUCAGAGUAUUAGGAAAGGAGAAAGUUUAAUUAGAUUUAAGAGAUUUAAUGAUCUACAGCAAAGCACAUUUAGAUCUUGAUUUAGACUUUAUAUAACUUCUUGAAAUUUUUGAAUUCUAUGAUAAUAUUUAUACAGGAGUCAUUAAAAAAAAAUAGUCUAUAGUAUAAUUCUUUUAAAACUGUGCUCCAAAGAUUACUAAAGUUAUAAGUGAUCGCUUUGUUUAUCAAUUAGAAGAUUUUUUAUAAAACCAAAGACCAAAGCUAGACACUUCUACUACUCUUAAACUAAAAGUUUAUGACGAUAAAGAAGUAAAGAGUGGUUAAAAAAGGGCAUUAAACACAUUUGACAUUAAACAGGAAAGAGAAAGUAUUUAGGGAUUGCUUAAGAAAAAUUUCAAUCUUAACUUUGAAGUUGCUGUUGAGGAAAAUAAUGAUAAAGAAAAUCAAGUAGAAAAUGAAAUAGAAGAUUAUUUUUAAGAGAAUCGCCCUAAAAAUAAAGGUUGGCUACAAAGAAAAAGCAAGAAACAUCAAAAUAAAUGGUCAAAUUUAUUCUUUUACAUCUACCACGAUAACUCACACUUAGUUUCUAUCAAACCCACUUCUCUUAAAAGAGAAAUAAGCUGCCUCAAUAUAGAAUUAUUUAAAUGCAAUUUCAUAGAAUUGCUAGAUUAUUAGGAAACUAGGAAGGCAAAUAUGGAAAGAAGAAAGCUUAGAAACAAAAAUUUUAUGUCAAUGACAGAAGGAGAUAAAUUAAAUACUUACAACAACUCUAACGAUGCAUCAAAAAUGUCUAAUUCUAAUCUUCAUACAUAAUCAAUUGCAAGAAAAAAUGAAUUAUAAAAUUUCUUUUUAUUCGAUAAAUCCUCUAACAAAAGUUAUUUAAUAAGAUCAGAGGAAAGUAUUACUAUAAUGAGCAUUAUUUCCUUCCACAACAAAACAGUAGUCCUUAAUGAAAAGAAUGAUAAAGAUUUAAAUACUAAGCUAUAAAACUUUCCUGAGUACUAUAGAUAAUACUCUGGUAUAAUUGAAAUUGCAAUGUGCGAUAAAAAAUCAAUUAAUAUAUCUUACACGAAUCUCAACCAAUUUUCUUUCAAAAAAUAAUAUCUUGUCAUAGAUUAAGGUAAAUGUAAAAUAUAUAACAUCAAACAGAAAGAUAAAAUAAAUCUUAUGGAAUACGAAAUUAAAUUAGAUCCAAAAUUACCUCAUACUCCAUCAUGUCAAUAUUCUUUUAUGCUUGAAAAAACUGUCAAGCCAGAUUAAAAUAACAAUGAAGAUGAAGCUAAGAAGAAAGAAGAAUAAAUACAAUCCUAGCAUUCUUCAGUAGUUGUUUUCAACCCUUCAAAUAAUACGAUAAAUAAUGAAAAUAAUAAAAUGUAAAAUAAAUUAAGUAUAAAUCUAGGAGAAAAAAGCUUAAAAAAUGAAAUUACUACUAAUAUAUUAAGUCCUAAAGUGUUAUAAUAUAAUUGCUAAUAAUAACAAACUCCAAAUGGUCAGUAGCAGAGUAGCAAAUAAGGAUUCUUUUCAAAAAUUCUGUAAAAAAUCUAUAAAAAAACUCCAGAUCGUUUAAUAAUUGCUGCUGAUAGCGAGUAUAAGCGCAAAUAAUGGAUUUUCACCAUUAAUUUCCAUAAAACCAUGUUAGUUAGAAUGAAAAAGAAGAAUAAAGCUAGCUUUUGUUACUACCAAAGUUUCAACACAAAUUAAUUCUUUAGUAAUCUAAAUACUCAAGAAAACGAAUUAAAUUAAAAUUUGCACACUUUAAGUAUUCACAAUAACUUGAAUAUUAAUUCAUAAACAUUAAAUGGAUCAUAAUUAAAUAAUAUAACUCACUAGCAACAACUUGCUUUAAUUAAAAAUAAAAGAUAAAAUAACCGCUCUUAAUUUGGUAGUGGAGAUUAUAAAUAAAAUGGUCAAGCUUAAAACAAAAACAAUUUAAAGCUAAGUGAAGUGGAAGGUGAUAAUGAUUACUAUGAUAUUUUUGCUUAAAAAGAUGUUGUAGAGGAAGUAAAAGAGGAAGAUGAUGAACACAAUGAUGAUUCCCCAAAAUAAGCAUUCAAAUAUAAUCCCAACGAUUAUUAAAACAAAAUUCAUUCAACUUAAGCAGCUGCACAUACUUAAAUGCCUUAAAAUAUUUAUCACACUCGUUAAGGUUCACAAAAUUAAGUCUUGAAUACAAUUAAUUCUAUGAACAAUCCUUAAUACACCUCGAAUAUCCAAAAACAGUCAAUUCUUAAAACAACUGAAGAAAAUAUGUACACAAUGAGCUUUCCUUAAAAUAACCCUCUAUUUAAAAAAUCGAUUGUUAUGUUUGAUAACAAUAAACUAAUAAUGAAUUCAAAAGAAAUAAAAACUUUUACUGAUGAAGAAGUGUGGUAAAAGUUUAUAAAGCAUUUUUUGGCAUUUAAUCAUUAAUACAGUGAAAUAGAUUUAUCUACUUAAGGUACUUAAGUGGGUGCAGAUAAUAUUCAUGCAACAGUGAAUAAUUGUUCUUACCUAAAAUCGACUAAUCACACAUAACCUUUGUCAAAAAGUACACCUUUAAAUAAGUUUUUGAAUCAUAAUCAGUUUAUUUUUAAUGGAGUUGAAAAUCAUUAUGAAUAAACAAUAGAAUAAAAUAACCAAAGUUUAGAAAUUUAAAAUAAAGUAAAUAUAGACUUAUAAUAAGAGAAUUAAUUUAAUGAACUGCAAAGUUAGAGGUAUUUACAAAAGUAAAAUAUGACAGGAACUCGUUUCUAAGAAAGUUCUGUUUUCGAAGAAUUCGAAUAAGAGCAUAUUGAACCUUGUGCUUAGAAAAUAAAUUUUAGAUAAAUAGUUAUUCAAAAGUAAUUUUGA